CAGAAGCCAGGCAGAAGUCGAAUUCAGUCCAUCUGUGCCUUCGCACAGCCUGCACCAGAAGGCGUGAGCCAUAAAAUUUGGGAACUAAUAAAUGUGAUGCAUCAGGAUGAGAUCUCACAAGUUAUAAAAGAGGAGAAAACAAUCAUAAAGCUUGGAGAGCAGCUUUACGCUAAGCAUGGCCAUGACAAGUCGAAACAUGAAUACAUUAGACAGAAAAUGAGAGAGUUGGGAAGACUGGUUAGAUUUUCAAGAAAAGUGGGUCAACUUCAAAGAAUGGAGGACUUUUUUAAACCCUCCAACUUCAAUGUGGUUGUGGAAAUGGUAAAAAAGGUGUGUGGUUUUGAUAAUGACACUAACACUUACAAAACUCCGUCUCUGGCUCUCAAACUUGGUCAUAGCUUGAAAAAGAUUGCUGAUAUUCUGGAGUGUGAGGCACAGAUGUCAGAGCAUGUUGAUGACCAGUUUCUUGAAAACAUAAAGAGGACGAGAAGUCUUCUGGAAAAGAAGUGGGAUGCGUGCAUUUCAUCACGUGCCCUGCGAACUCUGAGUGAAAGUAAAUGGAACACACCGCAGCUUCUUCCUUUCACAGAAGAUGUAAAAAAGAUGCACAUGUAUCUGGAUCAGUGCAGAGAAGAAUACCAGAACAAAGUGAGCAACAACCCGGACAAGAAAAACUGGUCCAAGCUAGCUAAGAUAACUCUGUGUGAGGUCAUUCUGUUUAACCGCAGAAGAGAGGGGGAAGUUUCAAGGAUGCCAUUAAGUGCAUUCACACUUAGAGACACGUCAGGAGUUCAGUCAGAUGUUGUGACCGGUCUUUCUGAGUUGGAGCAAAAGCUCUGCCUGCACUUUCAACGGAUCGAAAUUAGAGGCAAGAGAAACCGCAAAGUUCCCAUUCUUCUAACUCCAGACAUGCUUUCAUCCAUGGAAAUCUUGGUUGCUCAUCGCCGGGUCUGUGGUGUGCCAGAUGAGAACCCCUUUUUCUUUUCAAGGCCUGAGGCAGAGACUCACCUAAGAGGAUCAGAUGCCAUUAGAGAGAUCGCAAGGGCCUGUGGAGCUGAACAUCCAGAAACUCUGUCCUCUACAAAGCUAAGAAAACAGGUGGCCACGCUCUCCACAGUUUUAAAUUUAAGGGACAACGAAAUGGAUAUACUUGCAAAUUUUCUUGGACAUGACAUAAGAGUUCAUAGAGAGUAUUACAGGCUACCUGAGGGGACUCUGCAGUUGGCCAAGGUCAGCAAAAUCCUGAUUGCCAUGGAACAAGGCCGUCUGUCAGACUACAAAGGCAUGAACAUGGAUCAAAUCCAAAUAGAUCCAAAUG